AUGAAAAAUCAAACGUCAGUGAUAGAGUUCAUUCUUCUUGGAUUGACAGAUGACGCCCAAAUUCAACCUGUGCUUUUCCUUUUCCUGCUACUGACUUAUAUCUUAAGUAUUAUGGGAAAUUUGACCAUCAUCAUUCUAACUCUGCUGAAUCACCACCUCCAGAGUCCUAUGUAUUUCUUCCUCCGGAAUUUUUCCUUUUUGGAAAUUUCCUUUACCUCCGUGUUUGUUCCCAAAAUGCUAGUCAAUAUUGGAACUGGAGACAAGACCAUUUCCUUUGCUGGUUGCUUCACUCAGUAUUUUUUUGCCAUCUUUCUGGGAGCCACUGAAUUUUACCUCCUAGCUUCCAUGUCCUAUGAUCGCUAUGUUGCCAUCUGCAAACCUUUGCAUUACACAUCUAUAAUGAGCAGGAGACUGUGCAUUCAACUUGUCCUAUGUUCCUGGUUCUCUGGGUUUUUAGUUGUCAUUGUGCCACAUAUAAUGACUCUCCAGUUAUCUUUUUGUGCCUCCAAUGUCAUCAAUCAUUAUUGCUGUGACUAUACUGUAUUGUUGCAUUUGUCCUGUUCAGAUACACAUAUUAUAGACAUGCUUGAAUUUAUCCUUGUUGGAGUGACACUAAUUUUCACAUUAGUAUUAGUUAUUCUUUCCUACACAUAUAUUGUCAGAACAAUUCUGAAAAUCCCCUCUGUUCAACAAAGAAAAAAAGCUUUUUCUACUUGUUCCUCUCAUAUGAUUGUUCUCUCACUUUCUUAUGGAAGCUGUAUCUUCAUGUAUUUGAACCCUUCUGUUGAGGAUGCAGCCACUUUCAAUAAGGGUGUAGCUGUGCUGAAUACUUCAGUUGCCCCUCUGUUGAAUCCAUUCAUCUAUACUCUAAGAAACCAGCAAGUGAAACUAGCCUUCAAAGAUAUGGUUGGUAAGGUACAAUUUUUUCUUUUUGGAAAGUGA